CUCAAGGCUUGGCGGCCAGGCCGAAAGCAUGCGUUUACCCAAAGUCGCGUGCUUCUCCAAGAUGAAUUCCAUGCAGGGACUUUAACUCACUUCCUAAGUUCCUGGACUCCAUAAAGUUCAAAAAGGGUGUGGACCACUAUGCCCGCGGCGACGCCGCGGCUGGUCACUGCUAAGAGCUCGCCUAUCAAGGGCCACCAUUGCUGGGUCACCUGCCUUAGCGUGGGCCUUGACGCGCCGAAGAAGCUUUUGUCCGGCUCCAGGGAUCAAACUUUGCGACUGUGGGAGGAGGAUCCGGAUGAAUCCCAAGGCAUUUACACGUGCUCCCAGGUGAUAUCUGGCCACAGCAAUGUGGUGUCUGGCUGCGCGCUCGCUUUUCCGGAAGACCAGGGCUUGUACGCCGUGUCCUGCUCCUGGGAUCGGAGCUGGUGUCUUUGGCACCUGUCGUCGGAGGAUGAGAAGCUCCUAAAGAAGCAGAAGCGGAAUUACCAGUUCAACGCGGUGUGUUGGUCCCCGGACUUUCGGCAGAUCUUCACCGCGAGUAACAAGGAGGUGGAGCUUUGGAACACUCUGGGGCAGCUCAAGUACACGGUUACCUGUCAGGAAAAUUUCAAGGAUUACGUGUCCGCGGUGGUUUGGGUGCCCUUGGACAAGGCGAGCAAGGACAAAGAGAAGAUCGCGGCUGUGUCCUGGGACGGGAGCAUUAAGGUCUGGUUCGUCAAAGACAUGAAGCUGCACUGGAAUCAGAAUCACCACAAAGGUGCCUUGCAUGCCGUGGCGGCUUCUCCGGACGGCAGCCUGAUCUUUGCCGGGGGCGAGGAUGGCGUUGUCUCCGCGUGGGAAACCGAGACGGGAAAGCACCUCUGGGACUACUAUGCUGGCAGCACAGUCUAUGGCCUGGAUGUGAACCCGCAAAUGUAUUGGGUAGCACUGGUUACCAGCAACUCCGUCCGGAUCCUGAACCUGGAGGACCGGUCGAUUCCGCCCUGCACCUUCGAGCCCAAGGAGCCUUUGCCGGAGUCCAUCCCCUGGGCGACUUGCCUCAAGUGGCACCAAGACGGCAAGCGCCUUUUUGCGGGCCAUUCCGACGGCACCAUCUCCUUUUACGACGUCGUGGAGUAGUGACCCAAGAGCGACCGCAGUUGGCGCAAUCGCAGAAAACCAAAGCAAACACUGGCUGUUUGCACAUGUCCACGACACACAACGCGCUAGUACAAGCGCAAUUCCGACCUCCAGCACGACUCCAACUGAAGUGAUGAUGCUGGGGACGGUUUCCGUGGGUUUUGGGGAUUCUGUUCGCCAACUCAGGGUCACUUCUCACGGGUCUCAAAAUCAGGGGGCGACCGAAAUGGUUGGUCCUUUUUUGGUUCCCAAGAGCCAGCCAUGUGACCUUGGCCUUCUUGAUCCAUUGCCGUCGCUUCCCCAUCCGGAGAGCCUCGUGAAUCUCGCUAGUUGCGUGGGUCAGGGGUGCGUAAAUCCCAGCUCGUUGGCCAAAGUUGCCAGUUUGGAAAAAGCCCGUGAGAGUGGGUGCUUGGCCUCCGUGUUUUCCUUGC